GGCUUUAAUCAAAUCAACUGAAACAAAAUUGAAAACUACUAUUCCCCAUGAAAAGGGCUAGUACAGGAUGAUUCCAAUAUAUGCCACGGGAGGACACUGGACAUGUCCAUUUCAACUGUCAAAUAAAAACACAGAGUGCUCAUAUUUCUAACUUGUGUUUCUGUACUUAUACAGAACUGAACAAAAAGACAACCCUUCUCCUGCACCAUUUCAGCUCAUCUCUCUCCAAAUUCCAAAGUUUCUCUCUCUCUUUAAUGGUGUCAAAAUCUUUAAAAAGCUCUAAAAACUCUGUAACCCAAGUUCUUGAUUUUCUUUUGUUAGUGAAAAGUUUGCAUUUUUUAGCAGUUCUUGGUUUGUGGGGUUGAAAAGUUUGCAUUUUUAGCAGUUCUUGAUUUGUGGGGGGUUCAGAAAUUUGCAUUUUUAGCAGUUGUUGGUGGAAAAAAAUGGCAGAAGAAGAGGGGUGGGGGUGGCCACCAUCACCAAGUGGUUCACCAAUGUACUUAACAAAAGAUGAUCAUUGGACUCAUUUUGACAACUCAGUGAAUGCUGUUUCUUUCGGUUUUGUUGCGACUGCUAUUCUCAUCUCUAUGUUUCUUAUUAUGGCUAUAUUUGAGAGGUUCCUUAGACCACCCUCCGCACCUGAUUUGACUCCCUCCAGUCACCGCCGUCAUGCUGACGUGGAGUCUCAGUUAAGGUUCAACCCUAAGCUUGGCUAUCCUACUCCCAAAGUUUCUACAAGUGCCAAAGAAGUUUCAGUGUUGAUGCCAGGAAAUGACAUGCCAACUUUUAUUGCUCAUCCUGCUCCUGUACCUUGUCAACCGGAACGCAAUCCAUGGCCUUCCCAUCAACAAAGUCCUUUACCCUGUGUCACGAACUCCAACCCAAACAUGUCGUCCUAGCUCUUCUCAACUUGAUGUUGUGCAAACAUUGGAAGUGCCAGUUUCUACGGAACUACAUAUAUUUUGAGUUCCCCGGUUGGUAUUCUGGUUUAUGUAUAUAGAAUUUAGACAUUGAUUUCUCAGCUGCUUAUCAAUUUUUGUACCCAAAGCUUCAGAAAGAAAUAGCUAAAGAAGUUUUUAGCUUGUCUAUGUUGUCAAUA